AUGUCGAAGCGAGGACGUGGUGGGUCCUCCAGUGUGAAAUUCCGGAUUUCCCUGGGUCUUCCUGUAGGAGCAGUGAUCAACUACGCUGACAACACAGGAGCCAAAAAUUUGUAUAUCAUCUCUGUGAAGGGAAUCAAGGGACGACUGAACAGACUUCCUGCCGCUGGUGUGGGUGACAUGGUGAUGGCCACAGUGAAGAAGGGCAAACGAAAGGUCCAUCCAGCAGUGGCAAUUUGACAACGAAAGUCAUGCCGAAGAAAAGAUGGGGUGUUUCUUUAUUUUGAAGAUAAUACAGGGGUCAUAGUAAAUAACAAACGCGAGAUGAAAGGUUCCGCCAUCACAGGUCCAGUUGCAAAGGAGUGUGCAGACUUGUGGCCCAGAAUUGCAACCAAUGCAGGCAGCAUUGCAUGAUUCUCUGGUGCAUUUGUAAACUAUGAUGCCCACUAAAAGUCUU